GAAGAAUGGAUAGGCGAAGCUGGUAACAGGCAGAUCUCGAUUGAAGCGUGUAUGUCGAAAAAAGCGGGAGAGAAAAAGUAUACAUCUGUGGAGGGAAAACUACUGUCUAUAAAAUGCAAUAUGGAGUCAUUUUUACAGUUGUUUGAUCCACACAAUAGCAAGGACACAAAGAAGGAGACCUGGAAUGACUCAGAAAAUGAAGGUAAUGGAAUGUCAGAUUGUGAGAAUUCAAGUGUUGAUGAUGACCAAGAGGAUAGACUACCACCAGAGCCUGAACAGGGUAAUAUUGAAUAUAAACUAAAGUUAAUAAAUCCAUCUAGUCAAAGAUUUGAACACCUUGUAACACAAAUGAAAUGGCGGCUUAGAGAAGGUCAUGGAGAAGCUAUUUAUCAAAUUGGUGUAGAAGAUAAUGGGAAAUUAACAGGCUUAACAAGAGAAGAUAUGAAAGCAUCAUUAAAAACUUUAAAUGAUAUGGCAGCUAGAUUGGGUGCUACAACAAGUAUAUUGCGUGAAAGACUUGCCAAUUCUAAAAAUAAAGAUAUUUCCACACACAGUAACAACAGAGAGGAAAGGAGAGUAGCAGAAGUUUUGGUAAAAAAGUUAAGAAAAGGGGAUAGAGAAGAUCAGGAUAGUACUGUUGAUUUGAGACUAGCUGUCACUGGUGCACAGGAUGCUGGAAAGUCAACUCUCUUAGGUGUAUUAACCCAGGGUGGAUUAGACAACGGUAGAGGAAGAGCGAGGCUCAAUAUGUUGCGACAUCUUCAUGAGAUAAAAACAGGUCGUACGUCAUCGAUAUCGCACGAAAUUAUAGGCUUCGAUAGCGAAGGACACGUUUUGAACUAUGCAGAAAUGGCAACUGCAGAAGAAAUUUGCGAGCACGCGUCUAAAGUGGUUACAUUUAUAGAUUUAGCUGGGCAUCGUAAAUAUUUGAGGACUACGGUACUGGGUCUCACAGGAUAUUCACCUCACCACGUAAUGUUAGUCGUAGCACCGCCUAUGAAUGAAGCCUCGCAGGAACACAUGGCUCUUUGUCUCACGUUAGGACUUCCGUUUUUUAUAGUCGUAAACAAAAUCGACCUUGGUUUUUGUAGUAUAUCCGAAACAAUAAAUCAACUAGAGAAUGCGAUUAACGCACAGGGAUAUUCCAAACGCUUAAUAAUGUACAAUGAUAAUAAAAUACCGUGGGAUUAUGAAUCAGACAUAAUUCCGAUGUUUAAUGUUAGUUGUGUCACUGGGGAGGGUUUGGAAGACUUAACAAAUUUCAUUAAGAAUUUAUCGCCACAUGACGUAAAUUCUACAGAUUCAGAUUCUGAAUCGUGCCUCUUUCAAAUCGAUGAAACCUUUAGGGUAGCAGGUUUGAACGAACCUGUUUUAGGAGGAUUGCUCGUGAAAGGAGCAAUCGCCCCUGGCACUCGUUUACUGGUAGGGCCUUUACGAGACGGUGAAUUUAGCCCUGUAAAAGUUGUUAGUUUACAUCGUAACAAGGCUCCGUGUUGCUUAGUAAGAGCUUCACAAAGUGCUAGUCUAACAUUAGCACCACCAACGAAUCGAAGUCCGCCUUUACCUCAUUUACGGCCUGGGAUGGUAUUAGUAUCACUAUGGGACCAGCCACGCGCAACUCUUUUCUUCCAAGCAACUGUGUUAAUAGUUUAUCAUGCAACCGCAAUAUUUUCUGGAUUCCAAACGACCGUACAUGUAGGGAACGUAAGGCAAACGUGUAUCAUCAAAGGAAUAAUGGACGCGAAAGAUAGAGGUUUGCAAACGAACGACACAGCGUCUGUGUUGUUCAGGUUUGUUAAUCAUCCAGAAUAUCUGCACGUUGGCAUGAGACUUUUACUACGAGAGGGUCGAACCAAAGGAAUUGGUAAAAUAACGCAGAUAUUUCCAUUGAUCGGUCAACAGAACAGUAUGCAGUAAAUAAAAAAAAAUUUGUUUGCGUGUAAAAAGUAUUAAUACUACAAAAAGGUUUUAAAUGAGGAUAAUAAGAAAUUUAGUUAUUUUAACGUUAGAAGUAAUUAUGCCACGCGCCUAGCACAAGUAUCUUAAAAUGAUCGGUACUAUCGCCUUUAUAAAGUAUAAAGACGUAACCCUUUUUGUUUUCGAAACAGAUUUUUUUGGGGCAUAAUUUAGACACACACACACACACACAGUUAGGGGUUUAAUUUAGUUUUCCGUACUUUUAAAAUAGAGAAGUUUUUUUUUUACAUGAAAAAGA